AUGUCUCUGGAGGACUCCCUGGUUAUUACCCCAGAUGACAGCGGGUCUCUGGUCCUGAAUGUGUCCAUGAGGGAGCAGCUCCUGUACAACAUCUGGCUCCCCGGGAUCGGCAUCGCUGCUGUGUACGGGCUCAUCAUUAUCGUGGGUCUGGUCGGAAAUGUCACCUUAAUGAAAACCUGUCUGAUGGUGAAGUCCAUGCGGACAGUGCCCAACUUGUUCCUGUCCAGUCUGGCUCUGGGGGACGUGCUGCUGCUGGUGACCUGCGCCCCGGUGGACGCCAGCCGGUACCUGGUGGACGAGUGGCUGUUCGGCCGCGUUGGAUGCAAACUGAUCCCGUUCAUCCAGCUCACCUCGGUGGGAGUCUCCGUGUUCACCCUCACUGCUCUCUCCGCUGACCGGUACAAAGCCAUAGUCAGACCUCUGGACAGCCACAGAUCCAGCGCUACUCUCAGUAUCUGUUUACGAGUGGGGGUCAUCUGGCUCCUCUCUGUGACUCUGGCUGUCCCCGAGGCCGUCUUCUCCGACCUGCACACCUUCACCACGAGCCACACCAACGAGACAUUUGUGACCUGCGCGCCCUACCCCCACGCUGGGGAGCUGCACCCAAAAAUCCACUCCACAGCCUUCUUCCUCAUCUUCUACAUCGUGCCACUCUUCAUCAUAUCCGUUUACUACUGCUUCAUCGCUCGCUGUCUGAUCAGGAGCUCUGUGGACAUCCCUGCUGAAGGACACCUGCACCUCCAGAAACAGAUCAAGUCCAGAAAGCGUCUGGCCAAAACUGUGCUGGUGUUCGUCGGCUUGUUUGCCAUCUGCUGGCUGCCCAGUCAUGUGAUCUACCUGUACCGCUCCUACCACUACGACCAGGUGGACACCUCGCUGGGCCACUUCAUCGCCAGCGUGUGCGCUCGCAUUCUGGCCUUCACCAACUCCUGCGUGAACCCGUUUGCCCUCUUCCUGAUGAGCAAAAGCUUCAGGAAACACUUCAACCAGCAGCUCCUGUGCUGCACUUCUCCCAGACGCCUGUACAGUGUUAACAGUCAGAGCACAAAUAUAACCUCCGUCUGAGAGCAUGUGCGACUUCAUAGACUUGACAAAGACCUGUGCUUCUGUCGGACUGGAGGCUUGUUGAUUGUCUUUGCUCCCAUGUUUACCUCUGAUUUACAGCUAUCCAGUCAAAGCCACAGGAAAAA